AUGGACGAGCCGUUCCACAGCAACGAUCUCAUCGAGGAGCUGCUGAAGCUGGGGGAGACCGCCAAGUCCAAGCUGGCAGACGAGCUGCGCAAGGGGGGGCACGCCGCCGAGGCCGCGGCGCUGGAGGAAAGGGACGUCGCCGGUCUGAAGUUCCUGCCCCCAUACCUGAAGAAGGCGCUGCAGAGCACGGGGGGUGGCGGGGGCGGCGGGGAGGAGACGGAGGGGGUGCUGAGUCAGCGUACAAUGACCCUCCUGCGUCUGAACCCCGGCGAGGCGCUGCCGGACGAGCUCGCCAAGCUGGACCUGCAGCUGGUGGAGGCCAUCUGCCACGAUGUGGUCGACAGCGGCGGCGGCGUCUCCUGGGAUGACAUCGCAGGUCAGGAAGCUGCAAAGAAGCUGAUCCAGGAGGUCAUUGUGUGGCCCAUGCUGAACCCUGCCAUCUUCCAGGGCGUGCGGGCGCCGCCGCGCGGCGUCCUGCUCUUUGGCCCCCCCGGCACGGGCAAGACACUGCUGGGACGGGCGGUGCGGACCCUGUUCGCAGUGGCGGGGUGGCUGGCGCCCGCCGUCAUCUUCAUCGACGAGGUGGACUCCAUCCUCAGCGCGCGCAAGGCGGAGGGCGAGCACGAGGCGAGCCGGCGUCUGAAGACUGAGCUCCUGAUCCAGAUGGAGGGGUGCGACCCCAGUGCAGCUGCCCGCCGCGUCCUCCUCAUAGGAGCCACCAAUCGGCCAGAGGAGCUGGACGAGGCGGCGCGGCGGCGCAUGCCCAAGCAGCUGUACAUCCCGCUGCCCUGCGCCGAGGCGCGGCGCGCCAUGGUCCAGCGCGCGCUGCGCGGCGUGCGCUCCCGGCUGGACCCCAGCGAGCUGGACCGCCUGGUGGCGCGCACCGCGGGCUACAGCGGGUCGGACAUGCGGGGUCUGGUGGCCGCCAGGAGCCAGCGGCCCAGCGUGCAGGCCAGCGAGGUGGAGCGGUACGAGCAGUACAACGCCCUGCACGGCGCCCGCCUGGCUGGGGGGGCCGCGGGGGCCGAGCCCGACGAGGAGGACUGGUGA